AAAACCCAUUUUCACAUCAUGUGACUUUGGCGUAAACAGGAAGCAGCUGAUCUUGACUUCACUGUCUGCUCCCACCAACUACUGCGUUCCAUAAAAAAAAUAAAAAAAAACAAGUGAAGGAACACAGUCCACUGCUGUUUGAAUAGAAGUUAAUCCGAGAGAGGACGAGGAGAACCGCUGCAGGCACCGACCCAAGUCAUCCGACCUGCGGCCAACAGAAACACUCGACAGCGUGUCCGCUGAGGGGGGAUGUCAAGCACAGCCAUGAAGAAAAAGGUGCUUUUGAUGGGAAAAAGUGGGUCUGGAAAGACCAGUAUGAGAUCGAUCAUCUUUGCCAAUUACAUAGCUCGAGACACGCGCCGCCUCGGAGCUACAAUUGACGUGGAGCACUCCCAUGUACGGUUCCUCGGCAAUCUGGUUCUAAAUCUGUGGGACUGCGGAGGCCAAGACACAUUCAUGGAGAACUAUUUCACCAGCCAGAGGGACAACAUCUUCAGAAACGUAGAGGUGCUUAUUUACGUGUUCGACGUCGAGAGCCGUGAGCUGGAGAAAGACAUGCAUUACUACCAGUCCUGUCUGGAAGCCAUCCUGCAGAACUCCCCCGACGCCAAAGUGUUCUGCCUCGUGCACAAGAUGGACCUGGUGCAGGAAGACCAGAGAGAUUUGAUCUUUAAGGAGCGUGAAGAAGAUCUAAAGCGACUGUCCAGACCUUUGGCCUGCACCUGCUUCAGGACAUCGAUCUGGGACGAAACCCUGUAUAAGGCCUGGUCCAGCAUAGUGUACCAGCUCAUCCCAAACGUCCAGCAGCUGGAGACAAACCUGAGGAAUUUUGCACAGAUCAUCGAGGCAGAUGAAGUUCUUCUGUUCGAGAGAGCCACCUUCUUGGUGAUCUCCCACUAUCAGUGCAAAGAGCAGCGCGAUGCUCACCGAUUCGAGAAGAUCAGUAACAUUAUUAAACAGUUCAAACUCAGCUGUAGUAAACUCGCAGCCUCUUUCCAAAGUAUGGAAGUGAGGAACUCCAACUUUGCAGCCUUCAUUGACGUCUUCACCUCUAACACAUAUGUCAUGGUCAUUAUGUCGGACCCAUCCAUUCCAUCUGCAGCCACUCUCAUCAACAUCCGUAAUGCUAGGAAACACUUUGAGAAGUUGGAGCGGGUGGACGGACCCAAGCACAGUCUGCACAUGCGAAUGCGCUGACCGGCGCGUUCGCCCCAGUGGAUCUUCUCAGCCAAUCAGUCCGCAGACCGCCGCCGGCGCGUCGUGGUCUUUCAGCUGCCCGGUACAAAUGAGCAGCCCUGCACCAUUGUCCUCUGUAUCUUCACAUUCAAUCACAGUUAUCACGGGAGAAAUCACACUUUCUUUUUUGGUCUAAUUUCUUUACAGUAUCUUUGAACAGUGAUGCAGUCUAUUGAAAUAUGUCUUCUAACUUCACACAUAAAAGAAAAAUGGAAUAGUUGUGUUAACUUUGGCUGUCACACUUUGAUUUUUUCAAAUUUGAUUUUCAGAUAAUAGUUUGUGAGCUGUUUCAUUUUGACAUUACAAAUAUAUAUAGCUAUAUUCAGAAAAAAAUGUCACACGUGAUGUGUUUCUUUCUGCCUUUAUAUUUUGACAGUGCUUGGUCGACAUUUAUAAAAAACACUAUCUGUGGUACAAACGGUUCCUCCAGAACGAUUGGAUGGACAAGACCAAUUUCCUGAAGACAGUUUGGUUUAAGAUCAAAAGAUGAACAUGAGUCCAGAGUUCAGCUCUUUUUUCUGUGUUUUUACAUCUUCAUGUGUAAACUAAGGACAUUAAGGACCCCUUAAUGUGACUGACGGCUGUUUCUUGGGGCCCAGGUAAUGCCUUUUUGAUUAAACAUUAAAUAGCUCUAAAUGUUUA